AUGGCCUGUACAGAGACGCACAAUCUAAUGACAUGGAAAGAAUUCAUUCUAAUGGGAAUCAUAGGAUCCCCUGAGCUGCAGGCUCCACUGCUUGGACUCUCCCUCACAUUUUACCUCGUCUCAGUGGUGGGUAACCUGAGCUUGAUCAUGCUCACCAAGAUAGCCUCCAGGUUACAAACACCCAUGUACUUCCUCCUCCGACACCUGGCUCUCACUGAUCUGGGUUAUUCAACAGCUGUGGGACCCAAAAUGCUAGCAAACUUUGCUGUAGAUCAGCCUACCAUCUCUAAUACCUGGUGUGCUACCCAACUCACCUUCUUUAGUAUAUUUAUUACUAGUGAAAUUUUCAUUUUGUCAGCAAUGGCCUAUGACCGUUAUGUGGCCAUCUGUAACCCUCUGCUCUACACAGUCGUCAUGUCACAUAGAUUAUCUCAGUUGCUGGUGGCAAUCCCCUAUCUAUACAGCAUCCUUCUGUCUUUGCUGACCAUUAUAAAAAUUUUCCUUUCAUCAUUUGGUGGCUAUCAUGUCAUCAGGCAUUUCUACUCUGAUAGUCUACCAUUGGUAGAUUUGCUUUGCUCAGACACACAUGAAAUUAGACUGAUAAUUUUGAUCUUUUCGGCUUUUAAUUUGGUGUCAUCUCUUCUGAUAGUCCUUGUGUCCCACAUGCUGAUUCUUGUUGCCAUGCUCAGGAUGAACUCUGCAGAGGGCAGGCACAAGGCUUUCUCUACCUGUGGAUCCCAUCUGACAGUGAUAGUCAUAUUUUAUGGUACUCUGUUUUUUAUGUAUGUGCAGCCCAAACCCAGUCAUUCAUUUGAUACUGAUAAAAUAGCCUCCUUGUUUUAUACUUUGGUUAUACCCAUGCUGAAUCCCAUGAUCUAUAGUUUGAGGGACAAACAGGGGAAAAAUGCCCUAUGUAGGACCUGCAGAAUGUUUGCAAAUGUUUUACUUAAAAUUCACUGUAAGGCACACUAA